UUAUGGAGCGUGCAUACUUGCGCCUUACCAGCGCUUACGCGAUCGAAAAGUGUGCGUGCGUUGCGGCCGCUCGUACCAAGGCCGCAACAUCGAACCGCCUCUUUUUCGGGCCCGACGGACGUGUAACAUGAUUUUCCACGAUUUUCCCAUUCGACGCCGUUCCAUUCGAUCGGCUCGCCAGAAAAUUCAGGCAUCAAGGAGUAAAGAGAAUUUCAGGGAAAUUUUUCUUCCCGAGUAACAGAACGAAGGGCUAUGAUUUCAUCAAGUGUUUUCUAUCUAGGCGAUUGGUCCGGCAACGCCAUACGCUCCGACACUGCAAGGCCGACCGCGAUGUUUCCUCAUCGGCCAGCGACGCCACGAUAAUGAUCCAUGGAUCCACAGCCUAGAUCGCCAUAUUCCAGACGCUCAGUCACGUCACGAACGCGAUUGCGCGCGUGUGUUACUCGAUUAGCUGCUCCACCGAUCGAAACGGCUGGAGAGAGGAUUCCUGUUUGGUCCUUUUUUUUUACGAAGCUUCCUCUUUUAAGGCUGGCGACAACUUUAUGUAGCAGUCGAACGGUGUUUACGCGGUAUCAAAGAGAUAUCAUCGCUUCCUUCUCGACAUGAGUAACGAAAGUAACAAAGGGCCGCCGAGCGCCAUAACAUUCGGCUUCUCAAUACUGACGCAUUUUCUACUCGUGGCUCCGGUGAUCUAUAUCUUGGUAAUUGCCUUUGGGAAUUACAAUUUCUUCUCUUGGCAUCCGAUUUGUAUGUCUGUUGGGGUCGGUCUUCUAAUCACAGAGGCUGUCUUCAGCGUCUCCGGUGAAGCAUACAUCGCUUGGAAGCUACCCAGGCGUAACAGAGUGACAAUACAUUGGAUUCUACACACAAUUGGCCUGACCCUAAUCGGGAUCGGUUUUAUUAUCAUCAUUGUUAACAAAGUCAACUAUAAUAGAUCCCAUUUUGCAACAACUCACUCGCAACUGGGCUUAACAACGAUUAUAUUAUCCUUCCUGACCGCUACUUUCGGAGUCCUGGCGAACAACACUGUCUGGAUAUAUCCACGUAUAAGGCCGGUGCUCAUCAAGGUUGCUCACGCUUGCAGUGGCAUCAGCAUAACCAUUCUUUUAUUGGCUACCCUCAUCACAGGAAUUUACACCCAUUGGUGGUUUAACUCCGGUGGUACCAGCACCGGAAGAGACUUGACGUUCGCGUCGCUGUUCUUUGCGGGCUUCUUCAUACUCUUGAAACCGAUACUCGGCACCGUUUCGAGGUGCAGAGUCGUAUUUGGACCACCUUCGAGCGAUUCGUAAGGCCUCUCGACAAAGUCUGACAGAGAUCUAAAAGAAGAUUUAAUGACAUCGAAACGCGAACGAAAGACGUACGAAAGUUGCAAUCCAGAAGUAAAAUGCUUACUCAAUCGAUUAGUGAAAAUUAAAUUGCCUUCGAAAUUAUUAAACUGAUUAAGUUUUGCUUGAAGGACUAACGGUUAUGAAGUUUAGUUUCGGCGAAUGACUUAAUUAUUCUCGACGCAGUUCUUGUAAAAUAUUCAACGGAACGGUGAAAAGCCAAAGAUUGUAGAAUUAAUCCCAGUUAUUUGAAUGUUAUACCUUGUCGGUCCCUUCAGGGAUGUUGUUUGUAUGAAUUGAAGAAGGAGGUGUCGUAUUAGAAAUCAAUUGAAAGCCAAUGGAGAUCUAAUGGCUAUGUAUAUCAACACUUUAUUGAUGACACACAACAUAUGUUUAUUGCUCAUCACAAAUUUACACAUAUGCGCACGCAUGCAUAUGUAAGUAUGUUUGUGGAUGUGUUUGUAACAUAUAUAUAUAUAUUUUUUUAUAACCCAAUGUACAUAUAUAAUAACACAACAUAUUUAUUUGAUAUUUUUCAAUAUCUUUAUACCCCUAUAGCACAAAAGUUGCAGCAAUAUUGCAGCGUUAUUGCAGCGAUAUUGCUGCAAAUUCUGUACUGUAUGGAUACAUAAUAUAUAUAUAACUCACAUAUAUAUUAACACGCAAUCAUUAUUCUAAACUAUUGUUAAUAACUUUCAUCUUUUGAGAGAACCCAAUUCUCUCUAUUUUUUUUUAAUUUUAAACAGACUACUUAAAUUAUGAAGCAAUACGUCAACAUAUGCAUAUGUUCUUUGUAAUCUAUU